CAGUCUUUAUCAUCCAUUAUUUUCAAAAAAAAAUGCCAUUGGGCCCAUCGAGGCGCCAUUCCGAAGAGGCUUGGCAACUCUUAAGCGCACUAGAAGACUUGUCCAUCCCAGUGAAACAAAUAUUACAAUCUGUAGAGAAUGAAGAAGAACUUGAAUAUCUCGUGUCGGAACAAGAACUGUCAGAACGUUUAGAAUGGCUAUUCUUGGAUGAUGAAAUAGCCGAUAUGCUAAGACACCUGAUACAAGGGAUCAAGAAUAACCAGAUUGUACCCCUUAUAUCUAGAAAUAUUGUUGAAGAAAAAGAUGACAACUUCAAAAGUGAAGCUUUCAAUCUUUCCAGUGGAAAGGAAGACACCUUGACGGAGACAAAUAAUAGGAUAGACGGACUUGGAAAGAAACAAAUGUUAUUGCAACUCUUCAAGGACCGCGUCCAAGAACUAGACAAGAAGAAAGAGCAGUUGGAAAACUUGUUAUCGGAUACCAAGUACAAGUCCAAGCAGACUUUAUCUGUUUCAAACAUCCACGAAAACCUCAAUCUUGAAAGAAAUAUAUUGAGACUUGAUCAUUUUCUUUGCACAUUAUGUAGAACCUGUUCUUCUUUCGAGUAUUUUAUUCUUCAUUUGGUAGAUAUGUACAAGAGGCAAAUAGGUCUUGAGAAUAAUUUAAAAGGAGACGAUGGCAAUGAAUGGUCAAUAGAGCAGUCAUUGCAACAGUUUUACACCCAAGCAAAGCUUUUAGAAGACAAUAUACAAGACAUGCAAUUGCAGAUGAUUCGUACAUUGACAACUUUACAUAAAGUUCAUGCAACUCAAACGUUUCUAGUGAGACGAAAUGCACAUAGCGACAAUACUAUCAACGGCAACAACCAGUCUUCCAAACGAUUACAUCGAGUUGAAAAGAAUCGAAUAAAAGAUUUGGAAGGAAAAGUGAUCCAAUUAGCUACAAGGAACAUUCGUUUGCAAGUUCGUCGGAAGAUUCAAAGCUCAUUGGAAGAGUCUUUUAAAAAGAUGAUGAGUCUGAACCAUUUUUAUGAAAAGCAUUUAUUCCAUAAGAAAAUUCAAAUCCAGUCCUUACAACUGAUGCUUCGAAUGACUUCAACUCGAAACUACCUUUUGGAAGAAAUCCGAAAUCAGUUUGAAUUAAUGUGUCGGUUGCUUGAGAAAGAAAUAGUAGUAACGGAAGACUUGAAAUGUCAUCUAAACUCUUCAAACGGUGUUCAACUGGCACAUAUGAUGGAAAGACUAUAUCAGAAUACUAUGUAUCGUAUCUCUAAAAUAACAGGACAGUCCAUGUCGACAAUGGAGAACAUCUUUCAAUUUAUUAAAGAAUGCAAACAAGAACUUGACGAUGCCAAGCUUUAUGAGCAAAAUAUCUUAAAACAAAGCUUCAAACAAAUGGAAGAGAUACAGCAACCAGUGAAGGAACUUUUGGAAAUGCUUCAAGGUGCACACAUUUGGGAGCCCAGUCAACAUAAUGGUCACCAAAGUUAUUCACAAACAAUCAACUUGCUGGAAAGUAAAAUAGCUUCUAUCCGACAGGAUGUAAAUGAUAUUUUAACCACAUAUGGAGAACAACGCAAAUUCCGAAAGUCUUCCAAAGAAAAAGAAAACUUGAAUAUGAACUAAAAAAGUAUAACGAAAAGUAAACUUUGGUAACUGGAA